AUGCUUCCAGAACAGGGGCUUCUGAGUGACUGCGGGAACAAUUACUUCCAAAUGAACUCGUGCAUCUUAGCAGGGAACGUUCAGACCACACCCCAGGUCUCUUCUGGUGAUUCUGAAGCCAAACCUCUGAUCUUCACAUUUGUCCCCACUGUCAGAAGACUACCAACCCACUCUCAAUUGACUGACACCUCUAAAUUUCUUGUUAAAAUUCCUGAGGAAUCAAGUGAUAAGAAUCCAGAAACUGUAACUAGGUCUAAUUCCAAUGAAUACUUGACCUUAAAUGCUGAGAGCCAGCAGAAGAGAGACCAAGGGCCAUUGCUUUACCCUACAGAAGUCAGUGAAAAGGUUUCACAAGAAAACGGGAUUAGAGCAAACGAACCUCAAAGAAUGCAGCAAAGUGACCUCUUCAAAGCUGAGUAUGUCUUUAUUGUGGACUCUGAAGGGGAAGAUGAAGCUACAAGCAGAAAAGGUGAAGAAACUCCCACUCUUGGGAUGGGUAUCCCAGCUCCACGACCCAAGUCUCUCGCCAUCUCCUCCAGCCUGGUCUCUGAUAUGGUCCCUCCCAAAACUCUAGGGGUAGACCUCCAGGUCCCAUCCCAGUCAGAAAUUCCUCAUGGCACAGCACCUCAGCAAAAGCCUAUACAGUUAACUUCUCCCUCCACCUCCGAGCAGCAUGCCUGUAAACCGCCCGCUUUCUCCUUUGUUUCUCCGACUAAUCCGCAAACACCACCUGGCCCAGGGGCCCCCGCUGGAGCCUCUGUCCUAGAGGAGUUCCACACUCGGAGGCUGCAUCUCAGUGGGGCCCUGGUGGAGGAAACGGCUACGUAUUUCCAAACUUCUGCUCACUCUGCACCUUUUAUCUCAUCGAAGGGCACGUUCUCGUCAUUACAGACCCCUCACUCUGCUCAGUUAUCAGGUUCUAACUUAGCGAGUACGCCUGCAGCUGAUCAAACACCUGGACCGACUCCUGAAGUUCUGAAGAAGACAACACCUGUAGCCUCAAAUGUCCUUAGUCCCAAAGAAAAGGCAAGAAGCUCUUCUCCCACACCGUCCUCCAGUGCUUCUCUGAAGUCCGGUUCUGCAUCCUACAUACCAGUCCGUAUUGUCAUGCAUUCACUUUCUCCAAGCCCCAAACCGUUUUCAACUUCCGUCCAUGGUUCCUCUUCGACUAUCUGUAGCCAAAUGUCAUCUACUGGCAGCCUCUCCAAGUCAGGGAGAAAAUCCGCAGUGCCAUCUCGGCUCUCCCUUCUCACUGCCAUCCUAAAAUCAAACCCCUCUCACCAAAGGCCCUCUUCCCCUGCGUCCUGCCCCACCUUCUCUCUCAACUCCCUGGCUUCUUCCACGCUCACACUUGAUCAGAAAGUAAAACAAACCACAUCCAUGCCUAAAAAAUCUCUCUCCAGCUGUUCCCUGAGAUCUAGAUCCCCCGAGCAAAGAGAACACCAGAUUCCUGAGCUUCCUCAGCAACUCGUACACUUACCCCUUUUCACUAAAUCAGACCCCCCUUCCCAGGUGCCUGCCAUUUCUCCCACAAAGUAUGCAGGAAGCAGCCUUCUUUCUUUGGACAUAGAAAAAACACCGUCACCUAUUUCUUGGAAGAGCAAUCCAGCCCUCUCCUUGCAACCUAGGACAAGUCCUGCAGGUCUUCCUCCUGUUCCACCAAGCCUUUCUCCUCUUUCUUCAAAGGACAGACAUGAUGAUGAGCUAAGGGAUUCAGAAAGAUCCAAGAAUAUUCACACGCAUCCUUCUCCAUCAACCUCCUCUGCACUGUCUUCUAUGUCUUCUCCUACUAACCAAGGAGCUGUGAGCCCCUCUCCAGAAAAACGUUUUCAUCCUUCCCCAGCUCUUUCAAAUCUGAUAAACAGAUCCAAAAAAACGCUUUCUGGCCAGGGGCAGACUCCGUCAUCUACUCCUGCAGUCCCUGAUUCGAGUGCUAGCUCUGAUUCUCUUCGCAGUUUGAGGUCUUCCCCUAUUCCUCCUGCUAAUCUGCCCAUCCAGGGAAUACCCUCAAAUUGUGGUAGCGGUAACUUGCCUUCAAGACUGGGAAAAUCUGAAAGUUCAUGGUCUGACCACAGGUCAUCUCCCAUCUCUCUAAGAACCAACGAGUUGCUUUCUCCUUGUGCACUGGCCAUGCCAACAGACCCUGAAAAUAAGACAUCUAAGCUGUACAAGACCAAGUCAAGCUACAAGGCUCUGGCAGCAAUCCCUACAAACAUAUUUCUAUUGGAACAGAAGGCACUGGAUAAACCAUCUCAAACCGAAAGCAUCUCCAAAGACAACAUGUUUGACCCACCAUUGGAGUUCUAUUUUCCUGCACAGCUCAGGCAGCAAACUGAAGAGCUCUGUGCUACCAUUGAUAAGGUCUUACAGGAUUCCUUGUCUAUGCAUUCUUCUGAUUCUCCUUCGAGUUCUGACCCAAACAAAAUGCCUACAACUCUUCCCAGAGCAGCUGGUCGAGAAACCAAAUAUGCGAAUCUCUCCUCCCUCUCCUCUUCAGUGUCUGAGAAUCAGCUGACUAAACCUGGAGUAAUUCGUCCAGUACCUGUAAAAUCCAAAAUAUUACUGAAACAAGAAGAAGAAAUAUAUGAGCCCAACCCUUUUAGUAAAUACCUGAAAGAAAGCUCAGAGCUCUUUUCUGAACAGGAGGUGACAGUCUCUCGCAAGCCUGUUUCUUUGCAUCCUUUGUACCAGACUAAACUCUAUCCUCCUGCUAAGUCCCUGCUGCUCCCACAGACCCUCUCCCAUGCUGACCUUCUUACCCCAGGACCCUUCAGUCAUUUGUCCUCCUUCUCACUGAAUGAUGAACGGGAGAACACGCAUGCUCUAUUCAGUCACGCUGCCCCUAAUAAGAAAUGAAGUUGGAGCAAAAGCUGAUAACGCAGGCUUCACUGAAGAUAUUUGUAAUGCUGGUGCUAAUCAGUUGCUAGAUUUAACCUUUCUAUUGUCUGCAGUAUUCGAGUUCCCUUUAUAACUGCAGUGCAGCAGUGGAACUAAAUAAAAAAAUAUUCUGCAGGCAUAUAGCAUCUCAGUACUCUACUAAUACCCAGCAUAGGCGAAAUUUACCUACAGUUUUUGCACCAUUAUUAGAGCCUUUAAUGCCUUCUAUUAAGCUGACAGCAAUACUAACAUGCCCCUAUAUUUAGCUGCAAAUAAAGAAGAUACAUGGACAAAUAGAAGAAUGGUCAUGACUAUUUUUUAAUACCUAAUUUUAUUUGAUGCAUAUAUUAUUUACUGACUCAGGUUUUAGUCCUUGUUUGCCUUGUGUUUUUUUUUUUGCAUGCAAAUUAAAAACAAAAAAAAAUGCAUUUAAAAAAUAUGAGUCCUCACCUGCCUUCAGGGAAGGCUAAUUUUUGGGAUUUCAUUGAGGAGAGAGCUUGAACGUAUGACAGGUGAUUUUUCACAUUAUACAUACUGCUGCUCUGUAUUGUUGAUGUUCAGAAUUGCCAGGAUCUACCCUGUACAUGGGCAACUUGGUGAUGUGAAUCUUCGUCUUGCUAGAAUAUGUGUGAUAUCACUGUCUCUGACUCAUUUUCCAUGAUUCUUGUGAAAGCUAAUUCAAAGUCAAUUAUAGCUACUUCAGAGCUCAUAAUCUUGUGUGCAACUAAAUUCAUGAAGCAUACUCACUGAGAUUGGUAGUCCAAGCAGCCGAGUCUCCGACACACCCAUUUCCCACCCUUCUGGUUCUGCUCCAUUUCUGUGCCAGCAGCCAUCGCUCUUAGCCUUUGCCUUCACCAAGUAUUUCCCUUCUUUUAGCCCUUUGCCCUGCUGAGAAGUGUAGACUAUGUACAAUUAGAAUCCACAAUUACAACCUGGCAAAUCUGGAAGGCACUGUGAUAGCACUUUAGGGAAGUCACUUCAGUGUUGUUUUUUUUUCUUGCACAUGACUAUGAGCCACAUUCCUUAUAGAGAGAGAUUUGUGAGCCAGAUAUACCUUUUGCCAGUGGUCUUCAAACACUGUUCCACUAACUGGCUCCAGUCCACAGGUGAUGAAAGGUUGAAAGCUACUGGUCGACCACUUGAUUCUAACUGCUGGUCCAUGGGCUGGUAUUCAGGACAGUUUCCAGUUUCAGGUUUAUAAAGGUUUAACACUGCCCUAGAUCACUACAUCAUCGCCCCAUUACCCUGCCCAGGGCAGAGCAGAGAAAGAUAGCUACAGAAAGUAACCAGACUUCAUUCACCAAGAAUCUUGCAAUGCUCCGUCUUCAUCAUUUGGUACCUGGAAAUCUAAACUUCCAUCAGUGAUGAGGAGCAGAGGAGUUUCAGUUCAAAUACUCUAUGCUUAUUUUUCUUCUUCCAAACAAAAUCUACUUCUCUCUUUACUUGUUUAGUUGUAAGAAGAAUCACUUUAGUGUGUUACUAAUAGUCUCAAUUAUUCACUGUGCUUUUACCAAGUGCCAGCACCAUAGAAAUAUUUCACAAGCAUUUAAUUUAACCUUCACAAUGAGCCUGUGAGGUAAGUAAUAUUAUCAAUAUUUUAUGUGUGCGAGAACAGUUCCAAGAAAGAAAAUCAAGCUAGUAAAUAGUAUAGGCAGAAUUCAAAAUCUAGGAAAUCUGAUUCUGAGAGGAAACCAUUAUUUAAUCAUUUGGUUAUUUAUUCAUUCAUUCAUUCAUUCAUUCAUUCAUUCAUUCAUGUUAGAACUUGGUUUUCAAAGCUUGAGUUAACCAUUCUCCCAGGUCAUGGCAGACAGUUGUCAUAAAUUGAGAUAAGACUCUUCUUGUAUAUUUAUUUAUUAUACACACAUCCUUAAAGUUUUAGCAUAUUUUCUUUGAAAAUGUUUGUUUUGAAGAUGUACAUAAAUUUUGCCUGCAUGCAAAUUCAGAAAUUAUAACUGAAAUUGCUGUUUACAUUGUUAAUUUUGGGCAGGACGUUUGCCUUGCAUGCCGCCAACCUGGGUUCGAUUCCUCUACCCCUUUUGGAAAAACCUGCAAGCUACCUAGAGUAUCUCGCCCGCAUGGCAGAUCUUGGCAAGCUAUCUGUGGAAUAUUCAAUCUGCCAG